GAACUGGAUAGAGCCAUCGACCUAUACCGAGCAGAAAAGUUCCAAGAGUGCAUCGCACACACGAGAACUGUGUGUCGAGACAACGCCCCACUCCACCCUCGCCUACGUUACCGCAUCCUUCUAGCAUCCUGCCUAGACGACUGGCACGAAGCAGAGGACAUGCGCUUCCACGCCGAAAACACAUACAACUCCUGGUGCCUUUACAACCCUGUCAGCAGCUUCCCAGGCGCCGGCCAAGUGCGAAGCGACUUGCGCAACAAUCUCGAUCAACUCGCCGACUACUUUAAAGCCUUCAGACCCAAAGACUGGAAGCAAACCCAACGCUUCCGGAACAACAUCGAAGCCGCCGAGGCCGAAGAAGAGUACGCAGCCGAGCUAGCAGAGGAACAAGAAGAGGAGGCACCUACUACUAGCGAGGAAGAAGAGGAAGAGAUCAUUGCAUCUAGCGAGGAAGAGGACGCUGCUGCCGCUGCCGAGAGAGAGGAAGAGGAUACUGCUGCCGGUGCCGACGAG